AUGUCCUUUAAUGCCUAUACAGCCGAAUACGUGGGUGUAUCAACCACCAUGAAGCUAUUUAUAUUGAGAGCCAACCCUACCGCUCCGAAAACGUUGGAAGGAGGUCAUCUCUAUCAUGUGAAUGGAAAUCUCCUUAAAGGCAUGACACACGAUCCCAGAGGUUCAGCUAGCACCAAAAGAAAGAUUGGAACCAUCGCAAAGGAAGACAUAGCCAGAUUCGAGACAGAGUGUUGCCAAGCAGAUCCCGCGCCCCACACCCGAUUGACUCUUGGUGGCAAGCAACUGUAUCCUGGCACGCAGCUCUACCGCUGCGGAGACUGGCUUCGCGACGUCCAGAAGCUAGCAUUCGAAAAGGGGAUCAUCAAACGUUGA